CUGCGAUUCAGGAAUCGAGUGUCGGGGUGCGAAUGGAUCGCUGACUGUCCCUCUCCGUUCUUCUUUCCAGCGCCUGGGUCUUCCGUGCCAUCUCUGUGCUCCUGUGGGUGAAGGCAGUGGAGUGACCAUGGGGAAGCAGAACAGCAAGCUGCGUCCGGAGAUGCUCCAGGAUCUGCGGGAGAACACGGAGUUCUCGGACCUGGAGCUGCAGGAGUGGUACAAAGGCUUCCUCAAGGACUGUCCCACCGGCAUCCUCAACGUGGAGGAGUUCAAGAAGAUCUACGCCAACUUCUUCCCUUACGGCGACGCCUCCAAGUUCGCCGAGCACGUCUUCCGCACCUUCGACACCAACGGGGACGGCACCAUCGACUUCCGAGAGUUCAUCAUCGCCCUGAGCGUCACCUCCCGCGGCAAGCUGGAGCAGAAGCUCAUGUGGGCCUUCAGCAUGUACGACCUGGACGGCAACGGCUACAUCAGCCGGGAGGAGAUGCUGGAGAUCGUGCAGGCCAUCUACAAAAUGGUUUCCUCGGUGAUGAAGAUGCCUGAGGAUGAAUCGACUCCUGAGAAGAGAACGGAAAAAAUCUUCCGCCAGAUGGAUACUAAUAAUGACGGCAAACUGUCCCUGGAGGAGUUUAUCAAGGGUGCCAAGAGCGACCCGUCCAUCGUGCGGCUGCUGCAGUGCGACCCCAGCAGCGCCUCGCAGUUCUGAGCCCUGCCGGGUGGAGUGGGGGAUGGGACCCCCCUCGCCAGAGAGCACUGCCAAGACACCUGACUUCACGACAUCACCGUCUCCACCAUGGAGGCCAGCUUCCCCAUCUCCUCUGGGUGGACGGACGUGCUCCCAUGAAUCCACAGCACUGCCACUGUGUUCUCCACUCAGCCACGCUGCUUCCCUCACGCUGAGCCCGCGGCCACGUCGCUGGCACCAGGCCGUUGGUUCUAGAGCUGGUGGGGAGGCAGACAGGACAGGAAC